CAGGAAAAUACCCAAAUGUUAAUUAGGUCUUACACUUUUCUUGAGUAUUCAUCAUGUUAGAAGAUAGAGGUUUUCACAACAAAACUAUAUGUUACCUUAAACCAGCAAACCUUAGUAUUCUGGCAUUUGAUCAAAAGAGUUUUGGCAAUAUUCCUGAGCACCUCAUCUUGUUUCUUGGAUUAGGAUUAAUAAGCACGAUUCUCUACUGUCUUCUUAGCUACUGCCAGGUGUUUGAGACCCAGGAGCUACAAGAGGGAUUAUCAACCCGUCCUUGUAUAGUUUCUCUUAUCCUUGGUAGACAGGAUGCUUGGCUUAAUAAAUACAGGGGGGAGGAGGUGGUCAACUAUAUCAGGUUCCAGAGAUUGAUAAUUCUUGAAUCCUUGAUAAUCCUGGUGUUCUCUCUCAUCUCUUUCACCAUUAACUGGAACAACAAGGAGGCAGAGGAGGAGGACAUAUUGGCUUCAACAACUAUACUCACCUUAGAUUCAGUUUCUAGCUGGCAGUGCUGUAUCAAGAACUUCUAUACUGAGAACCAUUACAACAAAGAUGGACUUAAUACACACAAACUUCGUCAGGUUAAUCAAUCUACAAUUCAGAAAUUUAACAUCGUUAAUUGA